UUGUAAUCAAGAUUUGUAUGCCUGACCAGAAAUCCCGCUCCAAGGCCAUGCAAACUGCAGUUAGCUUCUCAGGUGUUGCAUCUGUUGCGAUUUCGAAAGAUGACCAUAUGGAGGUGAAAGGAAUUGGAGUGGAUCCUGCUGACCUAAUAAAUUGUCUAAGAAAGAGAUUUGCUACUAAAACUUCCUGUCUAGAAAAACGAAAGGGGUUUGCAACGCUGGUAAGUGUAGAGGAGAUCAAGAAGCCACCACCAAAGCCACCACUAAAACCAUCUGAACCCACAGACAAAGAUAAGCCUAAGCCGCCCGGGCCAGUGUGUGGGCAAUGUGGGUGCUGCAUGCCAUGUCCAUGCGGACCAUGCCGUCGUCCUGUGUAUGUGUGUGUGGAGGAAUAUCCCAGGUACUGCUCCAAAGACUGUGAUACUUGCUCAAUCAUGUGACAAAUAUGUCUCUCCAAUCCAUGCUCCGUGUCACAAGGGUUAGUACGUGGCCCAUGAAUAAGAGAAUAAGAUAUAUAUAUAUAUAUAUAUAUAUAUAUAUAUAUAUAUAUAUAUAUAUAUAUA